GGCUAGGCAGACAACAUGGCGGCGUCCUUGCUGGGCUCGCUGCUGCGGACCUUCCGGCAGGUUAGGCCUCUGCCUUUCUCGCCACCCCAACCUCUUCCCUGAAUUCUGUAUCCUAUGUGUCCCUCGUAACCCUGACACCUGUAAUGCGCACGGAGGACCAAUCCCAAGGCUCCUUUCUGCUUUCCCGCUCCGGCUAAGUUAGGAGACCCCUAAUGGCAAUCGAAGGUUUGGUAUUCAAGUGUGGAUCCGAGGCAGUUCCUCUGUCAUCGUCAGGUCAAGCUCGAGGUUACUAUGUAGACUGGAGAAUGUUGCGUGAUGUGAAGAGACGAAAAAUGGCUUAUGAAUAUGCAGAUGAGCGGCUUCGGAUCAAUUCGCUCAGAAAGAAUACCAUUUUGCCAAAAGACCUUCAGGAAAUGGCUGGUGAUGAAAUUGCUGCCCUUCCACGGGAUAGCUGUCCUGUUAGAAUCAGAAAUCGGUGUGUCAUGACAUCUCGCCCCCGCGGUGUUAAGCGUCGCUGGAGACUUAGUCGCAUUGUUUUCCGACACUUAGCUGACCAUGGGCUACUUUCUGGAGUCCAGCGAGCAAUAUGGUGACAGUUUCCAAACCUGCCCAGCUGCCAGGGAAGCCAGUCCUGGCAAAAGACUUAAGACUAAACCCUAGGGUUCAUAGGGGUCUAGUAUGUUUAGUCUACUUGACUCUGAGUGAAACUACCCUUUUGAUUUAAAUAAAUAAAAGUGGUUAUUUGUCAUUGAAUUGUCUUUUAACUUUAAAGCAUAUAUUACUCCCAUACAUGGUGUAAGAGUGGAAUUAAAAAUAUUUUCUGUGAAAGUAUGGUGUUUUCCUUCAAGUUUGAUGUUUAGUAGCAAAAUAUAUUUUUUAGAGUGAUUUCACAAAAUCCUUCUAGAAGGCAGAUCUAAUUGACAGGCUAUGCUAUAUUCCUGAGCUAGCUUAGUGUCCCUGGUCUGCAGUUACUCACCUUUUGGAUAACAAUAGAUGGAGAGUUAAACAGAAUAUUCUAAAUAUUUAGGGUCAACUUUAUGUGACAGUGAAUUAAAGAACUGCUAAAUAGUUGUUUCAUCCUUUAAAAUUUCCCAUUAAUGCGUUAUCAGUGUUUUAUAUGCAUGUAAACCUGUGCUCCGUGUGGUCUGGGCCUGGUACUGAAGGCAAGAGGAAGGCACUGGAUCCCAAGUUAGUUGUGAGGAACCAACAUUUAAAGCUUACCUGUUGCCUAGUGGCUUAGACAUUUCAAUGAUUGUUGUGUGGCACGGAUCUGUUUUUGUUAAGAAUUGUAAUGAUUUUAUAAUUCUAUCUUUGCUGCAUCUCUUGGGUUUUUGUUGUCAUUUUGUUUUUUAAGAACUUUCCCUAUCAACAAUUACUAAAAUAUAUUUGGCGUAAAUGUGUAAUAAAUGUUCAGAGUAAAUGAGUUGCUAUACUACCAAAA